AUGGAACAGUUUUUCACUCUCCCUUUCGCGGUGUUGGAAAUUCCUCAUAUGAGAUUAAAGAAACCAUCAUGGCUCAAGCAACCAUCAGCUAUGAUGAUGUUUUCAAUAGUUCUGGUUUCUUACUUCUUGGUGACUGGAGGUAUCAUUUAUGAUGUUAUUGUGGAACCUCCUAGUGUAGGGUCCACAACUGAUGAGCAUGGUCAUUCCAGACCUGUGGCCUUUAUGCCUUACAGAGUUAAUGGACAAUACAUCAUGGAGGGCCUGGCUUCUAGUUUUUUAUUCUCAAUGGGAGGUUUGGGUUUCAUAGUACUGGAUCAUAUCCAUACCACUUCUACACCAAAGCUCAAUAGACUUCUUAUUACAGCAGUAGGAUUCAUUUGUGUUCUGGUGUCUUUCUUCACUACUUGGAUCUUUAUGAGAAUGAAGUUACCUGGAUAUCUCCAAUCCUAA